GGCGCGCCCGCCUGCGGCGCCCACGGCGCGGGCAGCGCGGGCGCGGGCGCCGGCCAGGAGGACAUCUUCGGCAUGAUCACCAUGAGCACGAGCUGCGAGCACCACGGCGACGACAUCGUGUCCGUCCUCGGGGGCGAGUGCUCCGAGCUGUGCCACAGGAAGGCCCGCAGGACCGGCGAGCCGGGCCAGGUCGCGGGCGACGCCGGGGGCAGCCUCGCGUACAUCCUCACCCUGGGCGUGGUCGACGGCUUCCGAAGGAGAGGGCUCGCCAAAGCGCUGCUGAACAACUCCAUGGAGCACAUCAACAAGAACAUGCCCCACGUCAAGGCGGUAUAUCUGCACGUUGUCACCUACAACGACGCAGCGAUCGCCUUGUACGAGUCGAUGCAGUUCCGACGCAUCGCGAAGUUCGAUAAGUUUUACCAGUUGCACGGGAAGCCGUACGAUUCGUUUUUGUACGCAAGAUAUGUGCACAGUGGGCGUCCGCCCUGGUCCUGGCGAUUGAGGAACUUGGUCUCCAUUGGCUUCACCGCCGCGAUCAGGGAGCUCGUCUUCACCGCCUGGACGACCCUCUCGCCGUUCGGGUGCGACGACAAGCCUCAGGCGGUGCUGGCGGAGGAGCCGUGAGGCUCGGGGUUGCGCAGGCGGGACUGUGGACUGGCCUCCAUUGUAGGGGUUCGUCGGCGCGGAGCUGCGCAGGAACUUUUUUCGAGCGGCCCGCGGCCGGCGAGGCGUGCAGCAAGCGUUUGGCCCGACCAGGCCGGGCUUGCGCCGAGCGCAUCCUGGGCAGGAGGCGCAGGGAGUGGAUCGACUACACGUAAGAGUGACCCUUCGCCGGAGUGACCUUUGGUGCGCGGCCAUUGGGGCCCCCCGAUCGUCGCGUGCGUUGCGACAGAAGCGUCUUGCUCGCUUGUGCUUGGUACCCCAGGGUCACUCUUGCGGCAAUGUAGCCGAGUGAAGUGCUGAGGGCGGGGACGCGUUGAGAAAAGCGGUAGCAUCGCGCCAGGGCCUCCCAGCUCGUGCGGGCGGCACGCCAUGAAUCUGUCCCAGCAGCCGCGGCAGUCGAGCAGGGCAGGCUUAGAAAAGAGGAGCGGUGCCG